AUCAGUAUUGCACUAACUAGUAACAAUAAAACAACCUUCGAGAAGGGAUGACCGCGCUUACCUAUGGCAGAUUUUGUAUUUCUACUGCUUGUUAGAGCUGCUCUCUGUCUUAUAACCCCAGUAAGAGCUGACAGCCUCUCUGCUCCUGAAGAUGUGUACUAUGAAAACGAUUUCUUAACAUGGACUCCUGCCAAUUCUAACAUAGACGGCAAUUCGUAUGAAGUGGAGUAUUCUGGCUUUGGAAGUGGGAUUUGGAAGCCUGUUCCUCAUUGCUCUCCUACUUUAAAUCACACAUGUUCGCUGGAAGUGAAGACUUUACCUGAAGCAGAAGGAUAUUAUGGGCGAGUCAGGACUAUCUCUGGGAAGCAAACAUCAAAAUGGGUGCAAACCGAACUCAAACUCAACUCAACAAACUCAAACUCUAAAUCAGACAAAGGUGACAUCCUCUCCGUGCCACAGGAAGUGCACUUUGAGUUGGAAUUCUUUCCCCAUCUUUUAAAAUGGUCGCCUCCUAAUUCUACCACUGACAACAUUACAUAUGAAGUGCAGUAUAUCAGGUAUGGGGGUUUAUGGGAACCUGUACCGCAUUGCUCUCCCACCUUCGAUCUCAGCUGUGACCUGACAGUAGAGACAUUACCUGAAUCUUUAGGAUAUUAUGGAAGAGUCAGGAGUGUCUCUGGGAACCAAACAUCGGAGUGGAUCCGAACAAAUCGCUACACAUCCAAAGAUGUUAAACUAUCCCCACCCAGCGUCGACCUCCAUGUAGAUGGCAGCUCUUUCAUUGUCCAUCUUACUCUACCUAAAAUCGAAUACAUGAACCUCACCCAGCGAUUCGAGGAUAUUUUCCCGUUUUCUCGUGUCUACACUAUACAUGUUCGAAGAACCUCAGAUAACCAUAGAUUUGAACAGGAGGAGGACGAACUACAAUUCCUCAUCUCUGACCUGGCUGGAGGACAUGAGUACUGUGUGUCUGUACAAACUUCAGUCACAUCCCGCGGUAACAUUGGAAAGCUUUCCAAAGAACACUGUGCUUGGCUUCCAGUGAAUGAAGUCGACAGCAGCAUGCUUGUCAUUGUGGCUUCCAGUAUCCUGGCUAUUGUGGCAUUCCUAAUCUUCUUCAACAUCUUCAUCUGUUUCUACCUUCGGAAAAGAGUGAAGACUCCACCAGCUCUGAAGUCUCUCAUUAAGAGAAGUUGGUCUUGGAUAGAUAGACCUGCUACUCCCACAACGGAGGGCAAGAUUUCUUUAUACUGGGAGAGUGAACUGACUGAUCAUCUCAUGUUGGAACCAAGAAAUUCCUUGUUGCGUAGCAGUGCUGACAGCGGAUUUGGAAGCCAGAUUUUAACAGGAAGAUGCAUAAUGCCUCUGAAUGGGUUCUCAAAAUAUGACAGAGAUGACAUUGACCCAGAUACAAAUAUAAGUCAAACAACACAAAUUAUGGAUAUUCCUGUGAAUAGACAGAACUCCGAAAUCCACGGAGAUGACAGUGGGAUAAGCUUAUCCACGGAUUCCCCAGUUCUUAAACGCAGCUGUAGCAAUAGGGGGUCCAUAUAUGAAAAAGACUUUGAAAGUUCUGAAGACGGUAGCAAAGAGAUUCUGGAAAAUGAAGUAUCGGGAUAUCUGAAGCAGCCAGUUUCUAAGGAUGCUCCGAUGGAUGUAGAAGACAAAGAUAUUCAGAAAACUUGGCAAUUAAGCACUAGUGGUUACCAUAAGCAAGGCUCAGAAAACUUAUAUAAUUGUCAUUCGGAUUUUCAGGGACACUGUGAUGAUCUACAAGGACCUUGGACUCAGAUACCAGAAGGGUUUACUUCUACAGUCCCACUUACUCCAGCUUUCAGUCCUUUCAGCAGGGUUUUGUUGGACCUGGGGGUCAAUCCUCUUUCUCUGGGAGAUGUAGAGCUUGUGGAUAUUUCAUGAUUACCCAAAAGAUAGGACUUUAAAAUAAUGUUUCCUGAUAACAUUGAUGUAGCCAUGACAGGAUGACAGACUCUUAUCCUCAAUGUCCAAGCUGUAACA